AUGGGUUGCUGUGGUUGUAGAGGUGGUAGCUGUGGUGGCUGCGGUGGCUGUGGUGGCUGCGGUGGCUGCGGUGGUGGCUGCGGUGGCUGUGGUGGUGGCUGUGGCUGUACCACCUGUACCUGCCGCCGCGUGGGCUGCUGCUCUGCCUGCUGCCCCUGCUGCUGUGGCUGCUGUGGGGGCUGCUGUAGCCCCACAGUUGUCUGCUGCCGCCGCACCUGCUGCUGUAACUCUUGUGGCUGUGGCUCCUGUGGCUGUGGCUCCUGUGGCUGUGGUAAGGGCUGUUGCCAACAAAAAUGCUGCUGCCAACAAAAAUGUUGCUGCAAGAAGCAAUGCUGCUGCUAG